CCACGAUUCGUGUCCGUGAUAAAAAUUAAUUUUAUGUCCGAAAAUGGUUAUAUACAACUACAGUGACGUGGUUAGCUAGUGAAAACACGAGGAAACACCAUCAUGUCGAGCAGCCCGUUCCCGUAUACCUGCGAGCUGUGCGGCGCGGAGGGCCUGACGGACGACGGCAUGCGGUCCCACACGCUCACCCACGUGACGGGCCCGGACUGUCCGUUCUGCGGCACGGCUGUCCCGCAGCCGCAGCUGGCCGGCCAUGUCCAGCGAGCGCAUCUACACUAUCUAACACCGGAGAGGGAGCUGAUGGCGUUUAUUGACGAUCAGAGUCCUAGUUUCGACGAAGACUCUAAAAUGACGAACACGGACAGCUGCAGCUACAACACGCCCGGCUCCUUCAACGGCUGGCACAGCCCCGACACCUCCUCAUCGUACCACAAUGGAGCCAUCUCUAAAAACUACUACAACGGCUUCCAAGAGAAAGACACGUUCAAAAACGAUAAGGACGACGAGUAUUCAAGAUCGCCGAAGAAUAUCAAUCUCACGAACGGGCUGAAGAAUAUAAACUUAAAUAAUACGGGAGUUAUACACAAGAAGAGUCUUAGUAGAGAAGAUUCGGACGAGCGGGAUGAUAUUGUAGAUAGUUAUGAAAAAAAAGGUGCCUAUUCUAGUCAAAGUAAUAGUAUGAGCAAUGGUGAGUCUCCAAAUAAAAAUAAGUUACCAAUGGCUAGUGCAGGGCAAGGCUCACCACUAAGAUCGCAACUUGCGCUAAAGCUCAAAUCCAAUGCACCAAAAAAAACUGCACCUACGCCUAGCCCGACUGUGCAGUGCCUUCUAUGCGAUUUCAAGUCAUCAUGUCCACAAAAGUUGGAGGAGCACAUAAACCGUGCUCAUUUCGACCUCACAUCUCCGUCUGUGAUGGGAAACGCGAAUGCCAAUGCUAACGCCACUGAUAACGCUACACUGGAGCUGACGAACGCCACUCUAGCGCUAAACAACCCUACCCUAGCUCUCAGCGCUAUGGCGAUGUCCCCUGGCCCCCACACAUCGUCUUACCAAUGCCCAAUAUGCGAAAGAGAAUUCCAGAAUGCCUCAGAAAUCGAAAUGCAUGUAAAUGUGGAACAUAAAGACAUAUUGAGUCCACAGAAAGCGGACCAAGUAGACAAUGCGUCUUGUGAAGAUGUGGUGAUGAUGGAAGAGAGCCCAGUCAGCAACUGCCCCGUCUGCUGUCAGCCACUGCCGCUGUCCCAGCAUGAGUUGAUACAACACAUAGAAGAGCACUUUGAAAGAGGGGAAGACAGCGGGGCACUGACUGCAGCAGAGAGAGAGGCACAGAAGAACAGAGAAGAACAUGAGUUUCAGUUGUUGAGGGCACAAUAUGGCAUGGAAGAGGACGAGGAGGGCUACACGAGCCGCGCGGCCAACAGCCUCAAGCGCGCCGUGUACAGUGGAGCCCUGUCUGUGGCGGGGUACUACGAGCGCAGCGUCGGCCUCCGCAGGGCUUCGGUCUCCGGAUUAGAUACGGGAUGCUCUAAAACUAGUGGUAUUCUAGAAAGGAUAGCCCAGCUUAAUGCACAGAACCCAAGCAUAGCCAAGACGUACCUGUGCAGUGCGGUGGACCACUAUGCCAGCACAUACGGAGACAGGGGAUGGGGCUGCGGAUACAGGAACAUGCAAAUGGUAGUCUCCUCUCUGGUCUGCGUGCCAGCGUAUGCCGCAGUCCUGGGGGGCGGAGUACCCUCCAUCCCCCGGCUACAGAGGCUCGUAGAGCGGGCCUGGAGGCUCGGCUUCGACGCGCCAGGGUCUGAACAGCUCGGGGCGAGACUCCAUAACACUAGGAAGUGGAUCGGGGCAUGUGAAGUGGUUACCGUGCUGUCUAGUUUAAGGAUAAGGUGUCAGCUGAUCGACUUUCACAAGCCGACGGGCGCGGACGGCAGCCACCCGGCGCUGUUCGACUGGGUGCUGCGGUACUUCCAGCGAGACCCCGAUGGCUUCAAGGCGCCGCUAUAUCUGCAGCAUCAGGGUCAUUCUAGAACAAUAAUAGGCUACGAGCGUCACAAGGACGGCAAGGCGACGCUACUGGUGCUGGACCCCUCACACUCGCCCGCACAGGUGCGGCAAGUAGUAUGCGGCAGCACGGCGGCAAGCGGCGCGGCGCUGCGGCUGCUGCGGCGCGGGGCGGCGGCGCUGCGGGCGCGGCAGUACCAGCUGCUGUGCGUCAGCGGCCUGAUGGCCGACGACGACGAGUACCAGGCGAGCAAGGUGCUACAGUCGGUUCGGAUCCCGUAAUACUGACUACAGGUUACAAUUCCAAAGGUUGUGUUACAUUGUGUUAAAGUUUGGGCUUGUAUACCCGCAGGCAUGAGUAGAGAUUAGAACGACUAGUCGGCUUCGGUAGCGAGAUAUAGACGAAACCGCGAGGGGCACGAAACAAGGAAAUUGCAUGUUAAAUUUUAAGUGCUCUUAGAAAUUCGUUGAUAGAAGAUAAUGGACCAACGUAAUUUUGUCGAGCUAUCAGCCUAGGUGUCAUAACAAACAUAGACUUUAUUUAACCCAACCUAAUAACGUAGGUAACCCAUCAGCCUAUUAAUCAAUUUUUCUGAUAGUACAAAGAAAAACGAGCUAUGAUCGGAGUUACAAAAGAACCCAAAAAAAGACCUAGAUAUUUUUUGUAUCUGCGACUGUCUAUUAUAUAGUUCUCUGCCGAGAACCCUUUUUCAAAGUAAACGUUUUCUGCCUCGUCUCACGGUUUUGUUUAUAUUAGGAUGCUAUUUUAUUAGUGAGGUUAGAAAAAUAUAUGAUCAUGUUGAAAAAGAAGUUACCAAAAGAAUUUAGAUCUAAACAAAAACGAAUAGAAAAAAACUUUAGUUAGAUACUAAUUUUAGUUUAGUACAAAAAAUACCUUUUGAAGUAUUCAUAUCUGGUUUCUGAUUUUUUUUGACUGAAGUUUAACUCUUCAUUAGCGCUUUUGAUUGGCUAACCGCUAACGUCAAAACAUUAACCAAUGAACAACGUUGUUGAAUAGAUAAACUACAGUCAAAAAACCUUAUGAACUGGUCAAUAUUAAGUUAAAUAUACAAGCUCAAACAUUUCUAGUCUAAUUUGAAGUAAGUUAUAUUUUGUCAAUUGUUUUCGUCAAUUCCGCUUGUUCCGUUGUAUGUAUGAUAGGAUGUUUGUUACCAGACAAAUAAAUAUAUCGCACUAAAGAAUAAGGACAAAACAAUUUUACUAAAAAGCAACAUAAAAAUGCUGCCUUUUUAUGUGCUGUGGUAAUAACUACUAAUAAAAAUGUUGUUUAGUAGGUGUAUAAAAAAAUACAGUUAUUCUGACAUUGUUAGUCUAUGGCCUUAUUCCAAGGCAGUAUAUUCAGGAUAAAUGGACUUAUUUAAAAUUAUUUAGAAUAAAUAAAGUUUUUUCUAUUUUUUCAUGUUUUAUUCUAUAGUGCGAAAUAUUUGUAUGAAACCAAACAAUUUAGGUAUAGAUAGCAAUAACGCUUCACAUCAUCGCCUGAUAGUCGCCGCUUGCUGCACCUCAGAUAGGAAAAGAGAGAUAGACGAUGAGAGAAAGAGAUGGUGAAAAUUCUUACAGUGUUUUGUUAAACACCUCAUGUGUUUGACGACCUCUGUGGCUUAGUGGUGAGCGCGUCGGU